AUGAAUAACAUUGAUUUUUUGAUCAAAUAACAGACCAUUUACACAUCAAAGCAAAAGGAAUUUUUCAAAAAAAAAAAGCUUCAAGUUGAAAUUGAUGACUUGCCUUAAUGCUAAGUUUAAGUAGUAACUUCUCCUAAUUAAUCAACUAAAUAUAUUUUGUAAUUGCAGGAAGCUGAUAUAAAAUAAAUCACCAAGUCUUUACAAAAUCAAUAUAUGAUUGAAAUUUUGGAAUUAAAAGAAUGUCGUUUAAAAACUGUGCCAGAUGAAAUUUUUAAGAUGUAAAAGUUAAGAGUUUUGAAAUUGGAAGGAAAUUUUAUAAAAGUAGCUCCUGUAAUAGAUGUGGAAGUUUUAUCUUUAAAGAAUAAUCUUUUAUUACAUUAUAAGGCAGGGGAAAAUGUAAAAGUCCUGGAUCUUUCUUAAAACAAAUUACAAGAAUUCAAUUUUGGGCAUUAAUUAGAAGAAUUAUAUAUUUUUGCAAAUGAAUUCACGAUUUUACCUCAGUUGCCUAAAAGCAUAAAAAAGUUGGAAUUAGAUUGGUUUAAGUAUACUGAACCACCUCUAACCUAGAUUUAAACUUAACCUUACAUAAAUUUAUUAACAAACCAAUCAGUUAAUUGUAUUGACUUUCUAAAAAUGUUUAGUAAGAAGUAGUUGUAAAAUAAAAUUAUCGAAGCAUCAUUAGCAUAGGAUCUGGGGGUUUUGAGCAGCUUGGCAGCAAUUAUGGAUAUUAAUAUUUUAAACGAAAAUGGAGAUACAGCGCUAAGUUUAUCUUUAAAAACAGACAAUUUGUUUUCCGUUAGACAUCUUAUAGAAUUAGGAGCCUAGUUAGAAUUAGGAAGCUAUGCUUAAGGAAAUAUUCUUUCUUUCGCAUUAGAAAAUAAUCUGCCUACAAUUAUUAAUCUAAUCUAUCCAAAAUUGAAUUCCUCCUUAUUCACUUAGGAUGUGUACGGAAAUUCUCCUCUGCAUUAUUUAAAUAAAUGCGAUUAUGACGACAUCAAUGCAAAAAUCAUUAUGAAGGCAAAAUAGUUAAAUAUUUAAAUGAACUUUAAUAUUUAUGGCUAAUCGCCUAUUCACUUAGCCAUAUAAAAAUCUAAGAAUUGGUUGCUAUCUAAUAUGCUAAAACAUUAUAGGAUUGAAGCAGAUGAUUUAUUUAUGAUGGCAGCUAGAUAUGAUAACUUGGGUGCAGUAAUGCUUUUAAUUAACAAUAAUUAUCCUGUUGAGGAAUUCUCAAAAAUUGCAAUUUGUAGAAAUCUCAAAAUAUACAGAGUCCUUAAAAGUUAUGAAAAUUAUAAUAUCCAAAAAUAAUUAAAAAAAUAGAUGGAUUCUAAAAAUAAUUUCAAUUAUGAAGUAAAAUUGAUUCACAAGAAAGAUAUGCAAUCUAGUAAUUUUCUGAGACAAAAAAAAGUUUAAGAAGACAAUAAUAUUGAUGAGAAUCAAUCUCAAUCAUAAAAAUCAUAAAAUUAUAUAAAAUUAUUGAGACAUUGUUAACGAAAUAGUAGAAAAAUUAUUUGA